AUGAGCCGAUUUCUCACACGAGCCCUGUUCCACGGGCGCGUCGCAAUAUCUCCUGCUGCCACCGCCAUCCCGCUAUUUUCCCCGCGCGCUCUCCUCCCCCAGCUCCAAGCCUCCCUCUUCUCCACGCAUGUACCCCAACCCGCCAGCCCCAGAGAGAAAGGCCCGAAGCUUCGAACUCCCACCCCUCCACCUUCAAAGAGCCAGGAGGAGCUCGCUCAGAUGCCAUACCUUGUUCGCCGUACACCUUCCGCCCAGCUGCCCGUGUACCGACGAACAAAGUCUGGCGGGACUCUAAGAGAGACUCACGUCAAGAAGGUCGAAGGUGAUCGGAAGAAACUGGCCCAAGAACUUGGCGGGGCUUUGAGUCUCGAUCAGAAGGACGUCAGGGUCAAUCCCACAACAAAUCACAUAGAGAUGAAGGGCCACGUUCUCGAGGAAGUCAAAGCGUACUUGCUCAAGUUGGGGUUUUGA